AUGUAUGCCUCUUCAAGGAAGAUGUCUGGUGAAACACGUGACCGAGUGGCCAAAGUCACAGGUGCUGGAAAAACCCUUCAGAUCUUUAACAUUGAGAUGAAAAGCAAGAUGAAGGCUCAUACCAUGUCAGAGGAGGUCAUUUUUUGGAAAUGGAUAUCUGUCAAUACUGUAGCUCUGGUGACUGAGACGGCUGUAUAUCACUGGAGCAUGGAAGGAGACUCCCAGCCUCAGAAAAUGUUUGAUCGCCAUGCAAGCCUUGCUGGCUGCCAGAUUAUCAAUUAUAGAACAGAUGAGCAACAAAAGUGGCUUCUGCUUAUUGGUAUCUCUGCUCAGCAAAACAGAGUAGUUGGUGCCAUGCAGUUGUAUUCUGUGGAAAGGAAAGUGUCUCAGCCGAUUGAGGGUCAUGCUGCUGCUUUUGCGGAAUUCAAGAUUGAGAGAAAUUCAAAACCUUCAACUCUGUUCUGUUUUGCUGUGCGUGGACAAGCAGGGGGCAAACUGCACAUCAUUGAAGUUGGACAGCCUGCUAAUGGAAACCAGCCAUUCACCAAAAAAGCUGUUGAUGUCUUCUUUCCUCCUGAAGCUCAGACAGACUUUCCUGUGGCUAUGCAGAUUGGCACCAAACAUGGGGUAAUCUAUUUAAUUACAAAAUAUGGCUAUAUCCACAUGUAUGACCUGGAGUCUGGUGCCUGCAUUUAUAUGAACAGAAUCAGCGCGGAUACAAUUUUUGUGACUGCACCUUAUGAACCUACCUCUGGAAUUAUUGGUGUGAAUAAAAAAGGACAGGUGCUUUCAGUUUGUGUAGAAGAAGACAACAUUGUGAAUUAUGCUACAAAACGUUUUGCAGAAUUCAGAUUUGGGACUACGAAUGGCUAUCCGAAGCAAUUUAGCAGGAGCUGAAGAGCUUUUUGCUCGAAAGUUUAAUACCUUGUUUGCUCAGGGGAAUUACUCUGAAGCUGCCAAAGUAGCUGCAUCUGCUCCAAAGGGAAUUCUUCGCACAGCUGACACCAUCAGGAAGUUUCAGACUGUACCAGCUCAGCCUGGACAAGCAUCACCUCUGCUACAGUACUUUGGGAUUUUACUAGAUCAGGGUCAGUUAAACAAGCUAGAAUCAUUAGAACUUUGCAGGCCGGUCCUGCAACAAGGACGCAAGCAACUUUUGGAGAAGUGGUUAAAAAGAAGAUAAGCUUGAGUGCUCUGAGGAGCUGGGCGACUUGGUAAAGGCAGUGGACCCAACUCUUGCGCUUAGUGUUUACCUGCGUGCUAGUGUGCCAAACAAAGUGAUCCAAUGCUUUGCAGAGACUGGCCAAUUCCAGAAAAUAGUUCUUUAUGCCAAAAAAGUGGGAUACACCCCAGAUUGGAUCUUCUUGCUUCGAAGUGUCAUGAGGAUCAGCCCUGAUCAGGGACUACAAUUUUCCCAGAUGCUUGUACAAGAUGAGGAACCGCUUGCUAACAUUAACCAGAUCGUUGAUGUGUUUAUGGAAAACAGUCUCAUUCAGCAGUGUACUUCAUUUCUGCUAGAUGCACUGAAGAACAAUAGGCCAGCUGAAAGUCACCUACAGACUCGCCUCUUUAGAGAUGAACUUGAUCCAUGCUCCACAGGUUGCAGAUGCUAUCCUUGGGAAUCAGAUGUUCACACAUUAUGAUAGGGCACACAUUGCCCAGCUGUGUGAGAGAAGGCUGGAUUGCUACAGAGAGCUUUGGAGCAUUACACUGACUUGUAUGAUAUCAAGCGAGCUGUGGUACACACGCACCUUCUAAACCCAGAGUGGUUAGUGAACUUCUUUGGCUCGUUGUCAGUGGAGGACUCCGUAGAGUGUUUGCGAGCUAUGCUGUCAGCCAAUAUCCGACAGAACCUUCAGCUCUGUGUCCAGGUGGCAUCUAAGUACCAUGAACAGCUGGGCACCCAGACUUUGGUUGAACUCUUUGAAUCCUUCAAGAGUUAUGAAGGGCUUUUCUACUUUCUGGGAUCUAUUGUCAAUUUCAGUCAAGAUCCUGAUGUGCACUUCAAGUACAUCCAGGCUGCCUGCAAGACUGGACAAAUCAAGGAGGUUGAGCGGAUAUGUAGAGAAAGCAAUUGCUACAAUCCUGAACGUGUUAAAAACUUCUUGAAGGAGGCCAAACUUACAGACCAACUUCCAUUGAUUAUUGUCUGUGACCGAUUUGACUUUGUCCAUGAUUUAGUGUUGUACCUGUAUCGCAAUAACCUCCAGAAGUACAUUGAAAUCUAUGUGCAAAAGGUGAACCCUAGCCGUAUUCCAGCAGUAGUGGGAGGUUUGCUCGAUGUGGACUGUUCAGAAGAUGUCAUUAAGAACCUCAUCAUGGUUGUACAUGGCCAGUUUUCAACAGAUGAACUUGUGGCAGAAGUGGAAAAAAGAAACAGGCUAAAACUACUCUUACCAUGGCUGGAAUCCAGAAUCCAUGAGGGCUGUGAGGAACCAGCGACACACAAUGCUCUGGCCAAGAUCUACAUUGACAGCAACAACAAUCCUGAACGUUUCCUGCGGGAGAAUCCUUUCUAUGACAGCUGUGUAGUGGGCAAAUACUGUGAAAAAAGGGACCCCCAUCUGGCUUGUGUAGCUUAUGAGAGGGGCCAGUGUGACUUGGAGCUUAUCAAGGUGUGCAAUGAAAACUCUUUGUUUAAGAGUGAGGCUCGUUACCUUGUGCGAAGGAAAGAUGCUGACCUGUGGGCCAAUGUUCUGGAAGAAGAUAAUCCAUUCAAGCGACAGCUAAUUGACCAGGUGGUGCAGACUGCUCUAUCAGAGACACAGGAUCCAGAAGAAGUGUCAGUGACUGUGAAAGCAUUUAUGACUGCUGAUCUCCCUAAUGAACUCAUUGAGCUUCUUGAGAAGAUAGUUUUGGACAACUCCGUGUUCAGUGAGCACAGGAACCUGCAGAAUCUAUUGAUACUAACUGCCAUCAAGGCUGACCGUACACGUGUAAUGGAGUAUAUCAACCGCUUAGAUAACUAUGAUGCGCCAGACAUUGCUAACAUUGCCAUCAGCAACCAGCUUUUUGAGGAGGCCUUUGCUAUCUUUAGGAAGUUUGAUGUUAACACAUCUGCCAUACAGGUCUUGAUUGAGCACAUCGGCAAUCUGGACCGUGCAUAUGAAUUUGCAGAAAGAUGCAAUGAGCCAGCAGUUUGGAGUCAGCUGGGUAGAGCACAGCUGCAGAAAGACUUGGUCAAGGAAGCUAUUGACUCCUACAUUAAAGCCGAUGACCCCUCCUCUUAUAUGGAAGUGGUGCAGGCAGCAAGUAAGAAUGGUAACUGGGAGGACUUGGUAAAAUUCUUACAGAUGGCAAGAAAGAAAGCUAGGGAAUCAUAUGUAGAGACGGAGUUGAUAUUUGCUUUGGCAAAAACAAAUCGCCUCUCAGAGCUGGAGGAAUUUGUCAGCAGCCCCAAUAACGCCCAUAUCCAGCAGGUGGGAGAUCGUUGUUAUGAAGAGGGCAUGUAUGACGCUGCUAAACUUCUUUACAACAAUGUGUCAAAUUUUGCCCGGUUGGCAUCCACACUGGUACACCUUGGCGAGUACCAAGCUGCUGUGGACAGUGCACGAAAGGCUAACAGUACCCGCACCUGGAAAGAGGUCUGUUUUGCAUGUGUGGAUGGUACAGAAUUCCGAUUAGCACAGAUGUGUGGCCUGCACAUUGUGAUCCAUGCUGAUGAACUAGAGGAGUUGAUCAGUUAUUAUCAGGACCGGGGCUAUUUUGAGGAGCUAAUUGCACUUCUAGAAGCAGCCCUGGGUUUGGAACGUGCACACAUGGGUAUGUUCACAGAGCUGGCUAUUCUGUACUCCAAGUUCAAGCCUCAGAAAAUGCGGGAGCAUUUGGAGUUAUUCUGGUCCCGAGUCAACAUCCCCAAGGUUUUGCGUGCUGCAGAGCAGGCCCAUUUAUGGGGUGAACUAGUGUUCUUAUAUGAUAAAUAUGAAGAAUAUGAUAAUGCAAUUCUCACAAUGAUGAGUUAUCCCACCACUGCCUGGAAAGAGGGACAGUUUAAGGAUAUUGUAACUAAGGUUGCCAAUGUAGAGCUGUAUUACAAAGCCCUGCAGUUCUAUCUGGAGUACAAACCUUUGCUCAUUAAUGACCUUCUCUUGGUCUUAUCCCCACGUUUGGACCACACACGAACUGUCAGCUAUUUUUCUAAGAUGAACCAGUUACCUCUUGUUAAGCCGUACUUGCGUUCAGUUCAAAAUCAUAACAAUAAAUCUGUGAAUGAAGCCCUCAACAACCUGCUGACAGAGGAGGAGGAUUAUCAGGGCUUAAGGGCAUCUAUUGAUGCUUAUGAUAACUUUGAUAACAUCAGCUUGGCACAGCGUCUGGAGAAACAUGAGCUAAUUGAGUUCCGUCGAAUUGCAGCCUAUCUAUACAAGGGUAAUAACCGAUGGAAGCAGAGUGUGGAGCUAUGCAAAAAGGACCGCUUAUACAAGGAUGCCAUGUUGUAUGCUGCAGAGUCAAAAGACACUGAGCUAGCAGAGAAUCUGCUUCAAUGGUUUCUGGAGGAGGGAAAACGUGAAUGCUUUGCAGCCACUCUCUUCACUUGCUAUGAUCUUCUGCAUCCAGACAUUGUGUUAGAGCUGGCCUGGAGGCACAACAUUAUGGAAUUUGCCAUGCCUUACUUUAUUCAGGUCAUGCGAGAGUACUUGUCCAAGGUGUGUAUACUCUAUACAGUGAUAUGCAGUCUAACCAGUAAAAAUUAUGGCUUUAGAGACUGUACAAAAACAAAAGGUGUACCACUAAAUUUCAUGUUUAGAAUGUGA